AUGAACCCCUGGCAACCCCUUGUCCUGGUGCUCGUGGCUCUGAGUGGCUGUUUGGCAGCUCCCAGACCACACCAGCCCAGGCUGGUUGUCUUCCCAAAAGACCUUCGGAGCAACCUCACCGACAAGCAGCUGGCAGAGGAGUAUCUCUUCCGCUAUGGCUACACCCGCCUGGCGGAGCUGAACCAGGACCAGAUAGGGUCGGCGCUGAAGAGGCUCCAGCAACGCCUGAGUCUGCCAGUGACAGGGGAGUUGGACAGUGCCACCCUGGAGGCCAUCAAAACCCCACGCUGCGGCGUCCCAGACCUGGGCAGAUUUCAGACAUUUGAGGGCGACCUCAAGUGGCAUCACCACAACAUCACGUACUGGAUCCAAAACUACUCAGAAGAUUUGCCCCGGGAUAUCAUUGAUGACGCCUUUGCCCGAGCCUUUGCGGUCUGGAGUGAGGUGACUCCGCUCACCUUUACCCGAGUCUAUGGCCCCGAAGCAGACAUCGUCAUCCAGUUUGGAGCUGCGGAACACGGAGAUGGGUAUCCUUUCGACGGGAAGAACGGGCUCCUGGCACACGCCUUUCCCCCAGGCGAUGGCAUUCAAGGGGAUGCCCACUUCGAUGAAGAUGAGUUGUGGACGCUGGGCCAAGGCGUUGUGAUUCCCACCCGCUACGGAAACGCAGACGGCGCCCCCUGCCACUUUCCCUUUGUAUUCGAGGGCCAGUCCUAUACAUCUUGCACCACGAAUGGGCGCUCGGAUGACCUCAGCUGGUGCAGUACCACUGCCAACUUCGACAAAGACUGUCAGUUCGGCUUCUGCCCCAGUGAAAGACUCUACACCGAGUACGGCAAUGGGGAAGGCAAAGCUUGCGUGUUUCCCUUCAUCUUCGAGGGCCGCUCCUACUCCACCUGCACUGUGGCUGGACGCAACGAUGGCUACCGCUGGUGUGCCACCACCUCCAACUAUGACCAGGACAAGCUCUUUGGCUUCUGCCCCACCAGAGUUGACUCCAUAGUGACUGGUGGCAAUGCAGCAGGAGAAAUGUGUGCCUUUCCCUUCACCUUCCUGGGCAAGGAGUACUCGGCCUGCACCAGAGAUGGCCGUACAGAUGGCCUCCUCUGGUGUGCUACCACCCCAAACUUCGACACAGACAAAAAGUGGGGCUUUUGUCCUGACCAAGGGUACAGCCUGUUCCUUGUGGCUGCGCAUGAGUUUGGCCAUGCACUGGGAUUGGACCAUUCAUCUGUGCCCAGCGCGCUCAUGUACCCCAUGUACAGUUUCACUGAAGAGCCCCCCCUUGAUAAGGAUGAUGUAGAGGGAAUCCAGAAACUCUAUGGUGUUCGCCCUACAUCUCAACCACAGCCUCAACCACAACCAACUACCAUCACACCUGAACCCCAGCCCACUGCUCCCCCAACUGUGUGUCCUACGGGGCCUCCCACAGCCCGCCCCUCUGAGCAGCCCACUGUGGGGCCCACGGGUGCCCCUUCACCUGGUCCCACUGGCCCCCCCACUGCUGGCCCUUCAGCAGCCCCUACUAUGCCAUUGGAUCCUGAUGAAGAGAUCUGCCAAGUGAACAUAUUUGAUGCUAUCUCAGAGAUCCAGGGGCAUCUGCAUGUCUUCAGGGAUGGGAGGUACUGGAAACUGUCAAGAAACACCAGAGAUAGGCUGCAGGGGCCUUUCCUUAUCAAGGACACCUGGCCAGCGUUGCCCACUACACUGGACUCUGUCUAUGAGGAUCCACUAAGCAAGAAGCUUUUCUUCUUCUCUGGGCGACAAGUGUGGGUGUACACAGGAACGUCGGUGCUAGGACCCAGGCGUCUGGACAAGCUGGGCUUGGGCCCCAACGUGGCCCAAGUCACUGGGGUUCUCCCCCAGGGCAGGGGUAAAGCGCUUCUGUUCAGCCUGGAUCGCUUCUGGAGGUUUGACUUGAAGACACAGAAGGUUGAUGCCCAGAGCGCCACCCUAGUGGACGAGCUGUUCCCUGGGGUGCCUUUGAAUGCGCACGACAUCUUUUGGUACCAAGGGAAAGCUUACUUCUGCAAGGAUGAAUUCUUCUGGAGGGUGAUUUCCUGGUCUGAUGUGAACAAAGUGGACAGAGUGGGCUACGUGACCUUCGACCUUCUACAGUGCCCUGAGAACUAG